AUGAAUAUUGAUAGUGUUCCAACAAAAUUAGACAACAUGAAUAUUGAUUGUGUAAAUACAAAAUCAGACAAUAUGAAUACUGAUUGUACAAUAACUGAAUCAGGCAAUAUGAAUAUUGAUGAUGUAAAAACAGAAAGCAUGUCACCCGGCGAAUUAAAGAAAUCUGAACCGUAUGAUAUUUUUAAACAACUUCCACUUGAAAUCAUAAAUAAAAUUGUCCUACAUUUAGACUUCAAUGAUGUUCUGAACUUGAAAUUAGUGAACAAGAUGUGGCGAUGUGUAUAUGUAAACCAAAAUGAGAUAUGGGCAAGGAUUUGUGAGGAUUUAAAUAUACGAAUCAUUGAUUAUAGCCGGUGUCUAUAUGAUAGGUCAAGACAUGAUUCCGAUUGCAUAGGAUAUGCAUGUGUAGCUUCAGAAAAAUUAUUCGGGCCUUUAUGUGAUUAUUGGGAAACUUUUAAUCAUUAUAUAAUGAUUAUAAAGAAUAUAAAAAAAAAUGAUUUUCCAACCAUUUAUAUACGUCGUCAGUGUGUAGAACAAUCUUAUUGCACUGAUGAUUAUAUAGUCAAUAUAAAUUGCGAACUCAAAGAACCAGUUAAAAUAAUUAUUUUAAAUGGGGCAAAUAAGCCCACAAACAAAAAAAUUUUGCCAAUAUUUAAUGAAUUUGAAGAAUUAAUUAAAUUGAGAAAAUAUCCCCUCAAAGUAAUUGGUAACAAAAGGUACUUGGUAUUUGAAAUUUGUUCAAUUAUAUUCGUAUAUUCAAUUUGGAAAACUCAAUUCACCAAAAGAUUUUUUAAAGUAAUACAGAAAUCUGUUGAAUAUGGCUUGAAUAAGGAUGAUUUCAACGAAGAGUUCUUAAAUAAUCACUGUGACACCAAAAUUGAUUUAUAUGAUCAUAAACUAGCAAUGGUGCACCCAGCUAUUAGUACAUUAUUUUUAACCGAUUUAAGUACUGGAAAAACAUAUAAAGAAUUGGAAUUUAGUUCAAGAAAAUGCAUUGUUGAUAGCAUGAAAUGCUCUGAUUAUAGACUCAUGAUUGGAAUCACAAGAAGGAAAAAAAAAGGCUUGAAAACAGAACAUUUGGCAAUUGUUUAUCACAUGAAAGGAUGUACACAAAACAAUAGCUUAAAGAUACCCUUGUUAGGGCCUGUUACUCAGUUCAAGGUGACCAGCAAUUGUAUUGGAGUAGAAAACACAGGUUCUGCAACUCCUUUUAUCACAAAGCAAAAUAAUUCAUACUUAAAUGUGUUUUGGCUUGAAUGCGAUACAUUUUCAUUUGACUGUACUAGAAAGUAUAUUUAUUAUAAUGUUAAUCAAAGUAUAUUUCAGUAUGACCUAUUUAAGUCCAUGUUGUCCAAAUUUGAAGUAGUACAAAAAAUAGCUGUCGAUGCAAUAUCAAAUCUCUUGCCUCUAACACCUAUAAAUGAUAGAUAUUUGUUAGUUCGAUCGACUUAUCCAAAUUCAUAUGACAUAUUUGAUGUGAAAGAACACGUUUGUGUUAGGUCAAUACAAUUAACUGCAGGGUAUUCAUUAGUUCAUGUGGGUAAACUAUCUAUAAUGUUCUCUAAUUCCGAAGAAUUUAUGGUAAUUGCAUUUAGUUAA